AGGGCAAAAUUGUAAGCAUUGAAUACGACCCCGGCCGCAAUUGUUUUAUCCAUUUAGUAAGUCAUCGAGAUGGCAGUUUUACUCUUGUAAUUGCCCCCGAGGGAUUAAAAAUCGAUGACAAAAUAAUAAGCGGGAACAAUGAAAAUGUUCCCAUAAAAACCGGCAAUAAUUUGCCUCUGCGUUAUAUUCCUCUCAAUACUCCCAUUCACAAUUUAGAAUUAAAAAAAGGGAAAGGAGGACAAAUAGCACGAGGAGCAGGGACUUAUGCGGAAAUAAUCGGUAAAGAGGAAAAUAGUAAAUAUGUGCUAGUAAAACUUCCCUCCAAAGAAGUGAGAAAAGUAUUGGCUGAUUGUCGGGCAACUAUCGGCAAAGUAGGCAAUAGUGAAGCCAAUUUGGUUCGUAUUCGUUCAACCACUCGAGGUUCAGCCAUGAACCCUUGCGACCACCCUCAUGGGG